CUGCAGGCGGACAGCGACGCCGACAGCAUCAGCCUGGAGCUGCGCAAGCCCGACGGCACCCUCGUCUCCUUCACCGCCGACUUCAGGAAGGAUGUGAAGAUCUUCCGGGCCCUGAUCCUGGGGGAGCUGGAGAAGGGGCAGAGUCAGUUCCAGGCCCUCUGCUUUGUCACCCGGCUGCACCACAAUGAGAUCAUCCCCAGUGAGGCCAUGGCCAAGCUUCGGCAGAAAAAUCCACGGGCAGUGCGGCAGGCCGAGGAGGUCCGGGGCCUGGAGCAGCUGCACAUGGACGUUGCCGUCAACUUCAGCCAGGGGGGCUUGCUGAGCCCCCAUCUCCACAACGUGUGUGCUGAGGCCGUGGAUGCCAUCUACACCCGCCAGGAGGACGUCCGGUUCUGGCUGGAGCAAGGUGUGGACAGCUCUGUGUUCGAGGCUCUGCCCAAGGCCUCUGAGCAGGCGGUGCUUCCUCGCUGCAGGCAGGUGGGGGACCGAGGGAAGCCCUGUGUCUGCCGCUACGGGCUGAGCCUGGCCUGGUACCCCUGCAUGCUCAAAUACUGCCACAGCCGUGACCGGCCUGCGCCCUACAAGUGUGGCAUCCGCAGCUGCCAGAAGAGCUACAGCUUCGACUUCUAUGUGCCGCAGAGGCAGCUGUGUCUCUGGGAUGAGGACCCCUAGCCCUGCUAGGGGGUGGGGAGGCCCUGGGGAUGGCUGCUGUGGGCCCAUUGCCCCUUCCCCAGCCAUCAGUGGAGGUGGCAACCCCCAUCUGAGGCCUUAGUUCCCUCCCUCCUGCUCCUCUGACCCCUCGGACUCCAUCUGCCAUGACUGUGAAAGGGGUAUGGCAUGGCAGGGGGUCACUAACUCAUGAAGGCAGGCCCCACCCCCACCCUGUGCCUUCCUUGGGGCAGAGACAGGGAAAGGGACUCCCUCCAGACUUGCAGCCCUCCCAUCCUGCCUCUCCCCUGAAGGUUUCACUUCCAAAGUGCCAAAAUGUGAUGGCCUAUGAGCUUUCUGUUGAACUGUUUAAAGGUGUAGACCCUGAAAGAAGUCUAUGCCUGCAACGCCCACCUCCCCACACGCAACUCCCCCCCACACACACAUUGGGAAGGCGCUGACCCCUCAGUACCUUCCCACUUCCUAAUAAGGACCAUAACCCCCAGAGAGGGAGCUGUUAGGGACUGAGGCUACUGCCCCUGGACAAUUACAGCACAUUCUUCUCACUCUGGCCCCAGGGCCGACCGGGGGUGGAUGUAGACCUCCCACCACUGAGACAGACCACCUGUGCCUUUCCCCAGACCUGGACUUUGCGGCCAGAGCAGACGCCAGCUCUUUCUCCCUCUAAAAAGAAAUAUUUUUGUAAGGUUCUGGGACAGGGAGGGAGCAUGAAGUACGAGGAAAACUUGAAUUCCAGAUUUUUAAUGCAAAGUAUUUAUCAUUUGUACCAGAAAUAAAAGUUUAAGUUUUUACUUGAUUGACAA